ACGAGACAAGAAUCUUCAUGGACGCAAUCCAUGACAAAUGCUGAAGAUUCGUCCACAGACUGUGCUGUGGGAUGAUUCCACAUGGCGACAGGAGGAACCUCGAAGCUUAUCUGCGUGGCUGGUCACGCUGCUGGUUGGUUCGUUCUGUGGGUUGCUGCCAUGAGCUUGCACUGCUUCUGUCGACUGCGUUUGCGGUUGAGCGAAAGGCUGAAUGAUGUUAGAGAGGCGCUUUUCCUCUCCAUCGGCGUAGGAAGAGGGUAGCAGUGGUUGCGUCCCUCGUUGUGUCCUGCUGAUCGCAGCGCGUGGAGAGUGAGACUUCUUCCUGAAAUCAUCGCGCUUCAGGCUACUUCAGAGGAGCGAGGUGGUCUGAGUGCAGACUAUGGAAAUCCGGCGUUGAAUAUCAUAUCGGGAUUUUAUCUCCCAAUCACGGCUACAGAUCUUCCAAUUCCAAGGAGUAAACAGUCAUGUCUCUCUUGGAAUCGUUCAGUGGAACAAGUAAUGAAUCAAAACCUUGGAGUGGUUUGUUAACUCCAGUGGCAGGGUAUUGGGACGAAAAGAAACGCAAGAAAUCAUCACCCAAGUUUGGUCUCUUCAAAGAUGAGAAGCAGUCGAAGAUUGUGUGGCCAAAUUUUGGCCCAGGUGGUGCUAUUGGAAUAGGUUGCGGAGCAGGCGUAGGGAUUGGAAUCACUGGAGGGGCAGGUGUGGGAGCUGUACCUUGGAAUGCGCUUAGGAUAGUAUUAGGGGUGGGAUUCGGUUGUGGUGUGGGUUUAGGAUAUGGUUAUGGCCAAGGAUAUGGUGUGCUAUGGGACAGACGGCCAAAGAAAAACAGUGCUCAAAGUAAACGAGUUGUUAUCGAAAUAUAAUCCUAACCUGAUGUUUCCACUCUCUUUCAUUCAAGUCUAUGUGC